GGUCAAAUGCUAAUUGGAAUCUCCGGAGACAAGAUUACGCAAAAACCGGUUACCAUCUCAUGAGUUGCUUGGUUUGCAAGAUAACACCUCUCAACUUUAAAAGGUUACAUUUUUAACCCGAUCAUGCGAUCAACCUCCAAGGCCAUCCCUUUCUCCUUUCACACAUCUCUCAUUGUUCAAUGUCUCCGUCCUCUGCGUUUUACUUCUGCUGCUUCGCCGUCUUCAUCUUCCUCGUCUUCGUCACAAUGGUUCGGCUUUCUUCGGAAUGCAAUCACCUCGUCGGACUUGAUGCUCGGAAAAUGUACACACGCACGUAUCCUAACCUUCGAGGAAAACCCAGAACGAUUCCUGAUUAACAAUCUCAUCUCCAUGUACUCCAAGUGUGGAUCACUCACUUAUGCUCGCCGAGUGUUCGAUAAAAUGCCUGACAGAGAUCUUGUUUCCUGGAACUCGAUUUUAGCUGCCUAUGCUCAGUCUUCCGAAUGCGUUGUCGAGAACAUUCAACAAGCUUUUCUUCUUUUCAGGAUAUUACGCCAGGACGUUGUGUAUACCAGUCGAAUGACUCUGUCUCCAAUGUUGAAACUUUGUUUGCAUUCUGGGUAUGUGUGGGCUUCAGAGUCAUUUCAUGGGUAUGCUUGCAAGAUUGGUUUGGACGGUGAUGAAUUUGUUGCCGGAGCUCUUGUUAACAUAUAUUUGAAGUUUGGUAAGGUUAAGGAAGGUAAGGUUUUGUUUGAGGAGAUGCCUUAUAGAGAUGUGGUGUUAUGGAACUUGAUGUUGAAGGCUUAUCUGGAAAUGGGUUUUAAGGAAGAAGCAAUAGACCUCUCUUCUGCAUUUCAUUCAAGUGGUUUAAAUCCCAAUGAAAUCACUCUGCGUUUACUUGCUAGAAUUUCAGGUGAUGAUUCUGAUGCAGGACAAGUGAAAUCCUUUGCAAAUGGUAAUGAUGCUUCUUCUGUUUCAGAAAUAAUAUUCAGGAACAAAGGAUUGAGUGAAUAUCUCCAUUCAGGCCAGUAUUCAGCUCUUCUCAAAUGUUUUGCGGAUAUGGUAGAGUCCGACGUGGAAUGUGAUCAAGUCACAUUUAUUUUAAUGUUAGCUACAGCUGUUAAAGUAGAUAGUUUAGCAUUAGGGCAGCAAGUUCAUUGUAUGGCAUUGAAGUUAGGACUUGAUUUGAUGCUUACUGUUUCGAAUAGUCUAAUAAACAUGUACUGUAAACUGAGAAAAUUCGGUUUCGCUAGGACAGUAUUUGACAAUAUGAGUGAACGAGAUUUGAUUUCGUGGAAUUCAGUUAUUGCCGGAAUAGCUCAAAAUGGCUUAGAAGUAGAAGCAGUGUGUCUGUUUAUGCAGCUGUUACGUUGCGGCCUCAAACCAGACCAGUAUACUAUGACGAGUGUUCUAAAGGCUGCUUCUUCUCUUCCUGAAGGCUUGUCGUUGAGUAAACAAGUACAUGUUCAUGCAAUUAAAAUCAAUAAUGUUUCUGAUAGUUUUGUCUCUACUGCUCUGAUUGAUGCCUACUCUCGGAACAGAUGUAUGAAAGAGGCAGAGAUUUUGUUUGAGAGGCAUAAUUUUGAUCUCGUCGCUUGGAAUGCCAUGAUGGCUGGUUAUACCCAAAGUCAUGACGGUCAUAAGACUCUGAAGCUUUUUGCUUUGAUGCAUAAACAGGGAGAGAGAUCUGAUGAUUUCACGCUCGCAACAGUGUUUAAGACAUGUGGUUUCUUGUUUGCCAUAAAUCAAGGAAAGCAAGUCCAUGCUUAUGCAAUCAAAUCUGGAUAUGACUUAGAUCUAUGGGUCAGCAGUGGGAUUUUGGAUAUGUAUGUAAAAUGUGGCGAUAUGAGUGCAGCACAAUUUGCCUUUGAUAGUAUUCCCGUACCUGACGAUGUUGCUUGGACGACUAUGAUAUCAGGAUGCAUAGAAAAUGGAGAAGAAGAAAGAGCGUUUCAUGUUUUUAGCCAGAUGAGGCUCAUGGGAGUGUUGCCUGAUGAAUUUACAAUAGCCACACUUGCGAAAGCAAGCUCUUGUUUGACGGCAUUAGAACAGGGGCGCCAAAUUCAUGCAAAUGCCCUCAAGUUGAAUUGUACGAAUGACCCUUUCGUUGGAACUUCACUUGUGGACAUGUAUGCUAAGUGUGGAAGCAUAGACGAUGCAUAUUGUUUGUUUAAAAGAAUAGAGAUGAUGAACAUCACUGCCUGGAAUGCCAUGUUAGUGGGAUUAGCUCAACAUGGGGAAGGGAAAGAAACGCUCCAGCUUUUCAAACAGAUGAAAUCUCUGGGUAUAAAACCUGAUAAGGUCACAUUUAUCGGCGUUCUUUCUGCUUGCAGUCACUCAGGCUUGGUAUCAGAGGCAUACAAGCAUAUGCGAUCAAUGCAUGGAGACUAUGGCAUUAAACCUGAAAUAGAACACUACUCUUGUUUGGCUGAUGCGCUUGGCCGUGCUGGACUUGUUAAACAGGCUGAAAAUUUGAUCGAGUCAAUGUCCAUGGAAGCUUCAGCAUCGAUGUACAGAACUUUGCUUGCAGCUUGCCGAGUUCAAGGGGACACAGAAACAGGGAAGAGAGUGGCAACUAAGCUUUUGGAGCUAGAGCCACUGGACUCAUCAGCUUAUGUUCUUUUAUCCAAUAUGUAUGCUGCUGCUUCCAAAUGGGAUGAGAUGAAACUUGCCCGGACGAUGAUGAAAGGGCACAAAGUGAAAAAAGACCCGGGUUUCAGUUGGAUCGAGGUGAAAAACAAGAUACAUAUAUUUGUCGUGGAUGAUAGGUCAAACCGGCAAACCGAGUUGAUAUACAGGAAAGUAAAAGACAUGAUAAGAGACAUCAAACAAGAAGGGUAUGUUCCUGAGACAGAUUUCACACUUGUAGAUGUGGAAGAAGAAGAGAAAGAGCGUGCCCUGUACUACCACAGUGAGAAGCUAGCAGUUGCUUUCGGACUUUUGAGCACUCCUCCAUCCACACCAAUCCGUGUGAUUAAGAAUCUACGCGUCUGUGGAGAUUGUCACAACGCGAUGAAAUAUAUAGCAAAGGUGUAUAAUAGAGAGAUUGUACUUAGAGAUGCAAACCGGUUUCACCGGUUCAAGGAUGGUAUUUGCUCAUGUGGUGAUUAUUGGUAG